GCGUCAGUCUCGGAUAGUUUGGUUUCAGGUCCAGUCCGAGGCACUAAAACCAGUUCUCAACGGAGAUAAACAUACAGAGGAUUACAGCCGCUCUGGCUGCAGCUACACACUCGUCUAACAUAGAAAGUGUGCAUUAGGAAAGCAUUGCUCCGAGUUAUAAUGCACGAGAGCGACACAGCAGCUGCUAUCUCUUAGCCAGCCAUGCUAACGCUGCGUUAUUAGCCAUGUUGCGUCUCAAGGAGGGUUAGUUCCCACCGACUCGCUCCCAAAGUGUGCACUCAUGUCGGGCAAGAGCACCGGGGUGGAGUGGGUCGAGACCACCGAGGAGGUCGUGAUGACUGAGGAGUGCUUAAACAACACUCCUGCAGUGAUGCCGGUUUUGGAGGGAACAGAAACGCCAAUCCAGAAGUUGCUGGACACCGUGGGACAUGGAGAUAACCCGGAGGCUGACGGUGGCUUCUAUUGUGAGGAGUGUCUGACUCUCUUCCAGGUGCCGAGCGAUCCCGCCAACAUCACCGUUGGCCCGUCUUUCAUCCUCGACUUCCCAACGAGCACGGGGCUCCCCCAGAGGGCCCUCCUCACGCUGCCCUACGGCCUGAUGGUAGGCAGGUCGAGCGUUCCCAACGUGGGCGUUGGGGUCAUAAACCACGGGCCGACGGUGUCCCCGGGAAUGCAUUUUGGACCGUACGAGGGGGACGUGACGACGAGGGAAGACGCCAUGGCAAGCGACUUCUCCUGGGAGAUUUACAAAGAAAAAGAUGAAUAUGAGUACAUUGAUGCAGCCAGAGAAUCGCACUCAAACUGGAUGAGGUACGUCAACUGUGCUCGUAACAAAGACGAGACAAACCUCCUGGCGGUUCAGUACAAAGGCAGCAUCCUCUUUCAUUGCUGUCGCGCCAUACACCCUGGAGACGAGCUCAUGGUGUGGCCCAGCGACAAAUUUCUGGCCCAGUUCAGUGAAGCUUGGAGGCAGGUGUGGGUGAUGAAGUUGAAUGCAACAGAGAGUAACUCCACUGCAACAUCUCAGAUCUUCCCGUGCUCCCACUGCCAGCUGUCCUUCACCACAGAGUCCUUCCUCCAGCGGCACACAGAACACUUCCACAUGCAGCCUGCAGGGGGCAGCGCGACACCGGCUGCUGAGGCGUCUCAAGCCGAAGAUCCCUCUUCCGACUCGGCUCUCCCUGCGGCCUCCCUGGUGGCGUUUUCUGUGGACCCCGUCGAGUCCAAGACGUGUGGCGAUUGCGGGAAGACAUUCAAGCAAAUACCUCACCUCAGGCGGCACAAGCUCUGCGUCCACUCGAACAAACGGCCCUACUGCUGCCCGCAGUGCCGGCGGUGCUUUACCCAGGCGUCCGGCCUCAUCAGACACCAGCUGGUUCACAGGAAGCACGCCGGGAUGAACGACGCAGACCUCGUUCCCGAUCCGGACCUCUGUGAGACGACGGAGAGCUGGACGUUGAGAUCCGAACUCUUCAGCGCUGCAGAUCCAGCCAUCGCCGAGGAAGCGAAGGACGCGAAUGAAAGCGAGAACGCACAAGAAGCUAUGGAUGUAACCGAGACGGAGAGCACUCCCGCCGGAGAGGCGGAAGCUUCCCGAUUCAGUUGUUCGGACUGCGACGGGAGCUUCACGAACGAGGCCAAUCUGAGGAAGCACAAGGCGACUGUCCACGAGAGGUUGCGCCCGUACGUCUGCACCGUGUGCCAGAAGUGCUUCGGCCAGUGCAACGACCUGACCCGGCACCUGCAGCAUCACCAGAAGCAAAGCAAGAGGGGCAAGAAGGCGAAAGAGGCUCCGGAGGAACCUGCCACCAUGCCCUUCAGCUGUGCCGAGUGUUCACAGACGUUCGCCUCGGUGGACGCCCUCCAGCAGCACAUAACGGAGCGCCACGCCGAGGAGGAGGAGGAGGAGGCGCCGGAGGCCCCCGUGGAAACCCAAGAGUACGAUCGGAGCCGCGAUCCAGACUUCAGCCCGCAAACGUCAGCGGCUGAAACGGUCGAGUUAGUCCCAAAACGUCAGAGGCCUCAGAGACUCUGCGCCGGAUCAAGAAUUUCGGCCAUAACCAAGCUCAUCGCCCCAAAACGAAGGGCGGCCGCCCGCAAGAAGCCGCCGGCCGACCCCGACGGAAAGCGGCCGAAACGCAAACGGUUCAGCUGCAACCGCUGCAAGCGGACGUACGGGAACCCGGACGACCUCAAGGCGCACAAGUGCCCGGCGAAGCAGCUCAAGUGCGCUCAGUGCGGGGCGACCUUCAGCAAGUCCGGCUUCCUGAAGAGACACGAGCAGGUGGCGCACGAGGACGCCACGUCGUACAGCUGCGACCGCUGCGGCAAAGUCUUCUCCACGACCGGCAACCUCAAGCAGCACCAGAAGAGCAAGACGUGCAUGAGGUACCACUGCACGUCGGAGCUCUUCCCGUGCUCCUUCUGCCAGUUCUCCUUCACCAUGGAGAGCUACCUUAUAAAACACGUCAAGAGGCACCACCCGGUGGAGUAUCUGUCUCACUGCGACUCCAACGGCCUCGCGGAUCAGCUGGAGGAGGAGGAGGAGGAAGACGGGGAAGAGAAAGAGGAGGAGGACGGGAAAACGUACGUGUGCCCACAUUGCGGGAAGAGCUACGCCAGCGGCAAAGCGUUCAAAUCCCACACGUGCUUCCGGCAGGUGAAGGUGCUGUACCUGUGCACCGACUGCGGGAAGGGCUUCAGCAACCACUACAGCCUCAAGCAGCACCAGCGGGUGCACACAGGCGAGAAGCCGUACACCUGCCCCCACUGCGGCAAGAGCUUCUCGUACACGGGCCAGCUCAACGUGCACCUCAGGACUCACACCGGGGAGAAGCCGUACCUGUGCACGCACUGCGGCGACAGCUUCCGGCAGUCGGGGGACCUGAAGCGGCACGAGAGGAAGCACACGGGCGUGAGGCCCCACAGCUGCGCCGAGUGCUGCAAGAGCUUCAGCCGCCCGCAGAGCCUCAAGGCCCACCAGAUGCUGCACCUGGGGCAGCGGAUGUUCAAGUGCACGCAGUGCGGCAAGAGCUUCUCCCGCAGCUAUCACCUCAGGAGGCACCACCAGAAGAUGCACUUGUAGUCGAGGCGCAGUCGAGGCCUUUUUUUUUUUUUUUUGGAAACGCCGCCGAGGUUUGCACUAAACGGUCCAAUUGUUCUGCACGUGCCGUUAUUUUUUUAAAUUUAUUUAAGUUUGUUAAAAGCGUUCCAGAACCAAAAGUGUGGGUUUUCAUGUGAAGGAUAAGCGCGACACUCGCUGCAAUUACCACAAAGAAGUUUGCGCUUGUCAAGUUAAUUAAACAAAUCCUUAUUGUCUCAAUGUUCACUUUGAAAUAAUAAAGACCACCAACGUCACCGUCA